AUGAACAAAAAAAUCAAUAUAACGGAUAAUGAUACCCGUGAACGAUUAUUAGUUGGAGUAACUUUUGCUGCAACCAAUGAUAUUCCAGCAUUAUUUUGUAAUGAAUUAGAUCCAACAAUAUUGCCUUGGAAUGAAUUUAUGAUGGCAGAAGAUGAUGCCAUAGCUGGUGAAGCAGAUCGUAAAAAAGAAUCAUCAGUUUCAAUGAGCUCAUUUCCGAUACCGUUAAGUUCUCCAGAACCAACUACAAGUCCAUUAAAACUAUUAACGAUUAGAUUACAUGCAAUCUCCGAAAAUGUUAUCACGAUAAUGAAAAUCCUGAAAUGA